AGUUUUCCGUCCUGUGUCGGGAUAACAUCGUAAACGAGGACCACCUGACGGUAAGACCGGUCCAAAUGGAAGCAGCGGAGGAAACUCUCACUUACCGAGAUGACACCCUACUUCACAGGAAGCUGCUCCCAGAGGACAAGCAUAAGGACAACACGCGCAGUAAGGGCCACGCCAAAGAGACAAAAAGCGACGAGUCCAACUAUGUGGACCUGGACAUGAAACCGGACGGCGCAAAAACAGUGAAAGUUUCUUUCACUGGCGAGGGAAACCAGCUGUCUGUUAUCAAAUGCGAUAGUUCAAAGCAGGGGGAGCAUGACGAGGAGGGUAAAAUGAUUUCAAAGUACUUUGUUGAAGAGCAGUUAGAGGACAAGCAGGCCACCUUCCCCGGGCCUGUUUCGGGUGAGCCUCCUUUGGAAACUUUGACCAAACGUCCCAACACCGAUCAGGACUUGGAGAAUGAGAAGCAGCGCCAGGCCGAGCUCGACCCGAGUGACUGCAGUGAACAUGUAUGCAGUGAGAGUGAUGAGCUCCAAUACACGGACAUGUAUCUGAACAGCAAGACGGAGUCUGAUGAUGGUGCCAGUGCGGUGAUGUCCGACCACUGCGGCUCCGACACCGUGGAGGACGAGUCUCACUAUAUCACCACGCACGAAAUCCAGCUGACCGAGCUCGAUCACGACGUAGAUUACGACCUGGGGAGAGGAACCUGUUGGGAUCUUGAAGACGACAACCUGGUGUAUUCCUUUGUGGAUUACGCGUCUUUUGAAAGCGAUGAAACGCAGGGGGGGACUUUGAUACUUGAGGGCAGGAGCCAGGCGAAAGUGCAGGCUAAUCUUGGUGGAGCAGUUGUCAGCACCGAGCAGGAGGACAGUGAUCUUUGUGACUCGGACAAAUGUGCCAGCUCAGAUGAAAGCGUGUGCAAAAGCUACAGCGGAGAAGCUAAUGCGGGGAAAAUUCAUUUAUCAAUAAAAGCAUCCUCCAGGGCGGUAAAUGAACCUGUCAAUUUCUUUGAUAACAGCACCUGUGGGUACACAAAACACUUUGGAGAUGGGAGCCACGUCUCUUUUGUGAGCUCUGGCUCCAGAGUGGGGCCCUUGUGCGACAGAGCCCAAUACUUCAUCCCUGCUCCGGGCCGUCAGCACCUUGCAUCCAAACUAAGACGGAAAGAUAUUAAUGAGUAUUCCAGCGGAGCGUCCAGCUCCAUCAGUGAGCUGGACGACGCUGACAAAGAGGUGCGUAAUUUAACCGCCAAGUCUUUCCGGAGCUUGGCAUGUCCAUACUUCGAUGCCAUUAAUCUUAGUACCUCUAGUGAGUCCUCUAUGUCUGAGUAUGGGCUAAAUAAGUGGUCAGCUUAUGUGGACUGGAAUUAUGGAAACAUAUCGCGGGGAAGAGAGCGGAGCGUAAUUGCGCACAAGACUUCUAGCGCAACUUGGGAAAUGAAUAAGACUGUGGAGAGUAAGAAGCAUGGUAGGUCAAUUACCGGCAUGAAGGCUCCACAAACCAAAAUGUACGCACUACACAAGAGAACAUCUUCUCAACAAUCUUCCUCUUCUAGCAAAAAGAUCGAACUGAAAGAUCCUGUUAAGUCAAAGCAGCAUGGAGUCACGCUGAAUUUCCGCUAUAAUGUUGAAGCGCCUGAAGGCGCCAGACGUCCAAAAUGCUCCAAGAAAGCACAAUCCAAUAAGGUUACUGGGGCUGUGUUGGCCAGGUCAGGGUGUGAAAUGCAAUGUGAUCACACAGAUAGCAUGGAGGAUACACACAAAAGAGCAGUUUUUGCAUCAAGUCUACUGAAAAAUGUCAUUUCCAAAAAGAUGCAGUUUGAACAGGAGCGCAAAAUGGAGAGGGGUGAAAUUUGUGACACAUACCCAGCUCUCUCCCCGACUUUUCACCUCAAAGAUCAAGAUGGGAUGAAAGACAGUAGUCAAGGAAGGGGCUUACGAAGACAGACAUCAGAAUCAGGUUCAGGUUAUAAUUCUGCUGAUGAUCAAUGCCUGGUGGGCAGCAGACCCGGUUACUGUGAGUCUGCAGAGGAGCAGAAAAGCAACAAAGAUGAUUCAGAAAAGGGACAACAGGAGCCUCCAAAAGCAUCUCUCAGCCACAGUCAAAGUAGUGCAUUUAAUUUACUGAAACAAGAUGAGCCAGAACCUGUAAAUGAACCCACAUCUGUAACUGACACGCAGACCACAGCAAAAGGAUUAGACACCAGCAGCAUGCUGACAAGACUGCUUUUUGUUCCAAGCUGCCAGCUCCUUUCAAAAGAGAAGGAUUUUACCAAAGACUUGCAAAGCUGUGCACCUGUCACAGGCGGACCUGCUGGCCCACAGAAAUGCGUAAAAGAGUUUCAAACGGGCAAUAAUGGAAACAUAGUAGGCAAAGAAGAAAACGAGAAGGAGGGAAAAACCCCUGAGAUAAAAAUAUGCCUGAGGAGUGUGAAGGAAGAUAAAGGCUGUACACUGAAUAUUGCCAACCUGUUAACCCCUAAACUAAGUUUCAACACUGUGAACACAUUCAGAGCAGCAGGUGAAGCCAAAUGCCACGUUUUGUCUGCUUCAGAUAAAAUCCCAAACUUCACAGUUAGAGACAUAAGAGACACCAAAUGCAAGUUUCAAACACCAAUAUAUCAGGUCAGAGAUGUCCGUAAAUUGGUAAAAAGUUCAUAUCGCUUUGUUUCAUUGGAAAGUAGUGAGAGUAAAUGUUCCACAGCAGCUGAUAAACUUGAGGCCACAAAGGAGCCAGUUAAGCAUGUAUCACCAUCUCCUAUUGUGAUUAAAUGUCACUCUGUAAAAACAAAUGUUAAACAACAGACAGCUGAGGUGUUACAGACACAAGCAGAGGCAAGCAUCUCAUCUAAAACAUCUCAAAGUGAAAAUACACCAUCACAUUGCACAGCCAGUAGGGUGCCAAUUGUUGUAUCAAAGCAGCUUCUCCCUGACCAGUCAGAAAUUCAGCCAAAUAUUGAAACCAAACUGACAAAACAGAGGCAGGAAAAGUUUGCAUGUGAGACGGCUGAAAGGAGAAAUGAGCCCAAAAUACCAAAACAGGCCGCGUUAGAGAAGCUUAAAGCUGCAGUCAAAACAAUGGAGCAGCUUUAUGUUUUUGAUAGAAAUGAAUGGAAGCGUAAAACUCAUGCUCCACAACCAAUCACAGAUAGCCAUGUGUUGUCGCUUAUUGCCAGUGAGGAGCAGGGGGCAGAGGAGCUUGAGACAGCAAACACUGACAGGAUUCCUCAGUCACAGGAAGAUAAAGGAGCUCUGAAUAUCAUACAUGUUCCAUAUAACCAUGACACGUUUCAAACACAAUCACAGCACAGUAAAACAUUUAGUAACAAACAUGUCCUUCAUUUUGGCAAUAAGGCACGUGUCAGCAUUCGUUCAGAUAGUAACCCUAUUCCACAAAGCUCUGUGCUGCAAACAUCAUCGACUAUGAAAAGCUCUAAGACACCAGUGGCUCCACUGUCGGUGAAAAUAGAGCCCCCAAAACACGGCCAGGUGGAGCCGGGAAAGGUCAAAAUCAUUCCCACUAAUCCCACUGUCACACAGGCCUGCUCAGACUCUGAGAACUAUUUAACCAUACCGGGGCUGGGGUACACAAAUGAAAUCAAACUGCUGAAUCAAGAGCCUGUUUUGAGGGAGGUGAGUUCAAACAAUAGCCAAAUCAAAACAGGUGACAGGAAGACACCUGAGCAAAAAAGAUCUCCGUUAAUCAUGGAGUACCCAGCUUCAAGCAUCUACCACUCGGGGCCAACAACAGGGCCUCAAGCACAGCAGCAGGUGUUGUGUUUCUCUCCAUCUGUCCCGACUGUGUCACCUACACCUUCUACUGGAGAGGCAGUCCCACAAACCCAGCGCAAGAUGCUUUUGGACCCCACAACAGGCCAUUAUUACCUGGUUGACACGCCCAUACAUGCCGCCACAAAGAGACUAUUCGACCCUGAGACAGGCCAGUAUGUGGAUGUACCCAUGCCCCAUUCUCCUGUGGCACCUGUCACCCCUGUGCCUGUCUCUUUGUCCCCCCUGGCCCUGAGCCCAGGAGCGUACGCCCCCACCUACAUGAUCUACCCAGGCUUCAUCCCCUCGCCCACUCUAUCAGCCCAGGUGGUGUUGCCACAGUCACCGUGUCACUCUGAGGAUGCAGGUGGAGAAAAGGUAAAAAACGCCAGAAGCCCUAAGCCGGAAACGAAUGCAGCAGGCGCAGAGAAUGUGUAUUACAGUGCAAAAGGUGAGGCUCCACAAGGACCACUGCAGCUUCCUGUAAGUUUAGGACAUGUGAGCACCAGAGGAGGUGCAACGACCUCUGACAGGAAGCCAGUUAUCAGCAUCACAACGCAACAAGGUCCAAGAAUCAUCGCACCGCCCUCCUUUGAUGGAACAACAAUGAGCUUUGUAGUGGAGCAUCGGUGACCAAGGCAACAUCUCAUCAUACAUACAUCUCCACCGAAGAAUUGGCCUUCAUUCACCGUAAGUGGUAGUAGGUAGUUUUCACCCCACCCACCUGUGAUCUACUCCAGAGGACAACUUUCACCAACAACAAUAUUUUUAUCCCCACUCUGUUGUGUUGUUUAUCCUUGCAGCAGACAUUACUGUAAUCCCUAUGCAUUGCAGCACUUUGUAGGGUAAACGCAUUAAGCCAUGUCCUCGGGCUGAUGCUCUGCCAUGUUGCUAUAUGAAGCUGCUUUGUAAUACUUUCCAUUCAGCUGCUGUCUAGAACUUUUGAAAUGCUGUUUGGGCCCUGCAACAUGUCUAUUCAAAAGGAAACAAAGCAGGCAUUUUAUUACAGUUUAGUGUUAGUCAUUAUUUGCUAAGCCACUAUUUUAUUAUUAUGAAUUUAAUGUUACCAUGUCUUUAAAGCGAGUCUAUGUAACUUUUGAAAAGAAAAACAUCUUUAUUUUACAAAUAGCUACAACCUCUCUUGUUUUGGUUUGACCAUGUUACAGUAGCUAAUGUCGGCAAACUUGAUAGAUAUUACUGUGUAACUGACAUUACUGAGUCAGUUUACUGACAUUAUGUCUCCAGUUGUGCUACUGUUACACUCUAUUUUAGGAUGUCAUGGAUUAACGUUUCAUUGGUUUUACCACAAAGCCUUGCUGCCAGUUUAUUCCAGCGGCCCAACAAGGUACUGCAACUAAAAUAAUCCCUAAAUGUCCAAGCUUGGGAAAUUGAAUCAAGAGUGGGCUACUGUAUGUUCAAAGCCUCCAUUGCAGAAGGGACUGCAUGGAGUUGUGGCCAAAAGGUCGCCUGUGCUUGUUGUGCUGCAACCAAAGAACCUGCCAGUGGCGAAGGAGGCUGUUAAACUCAGAAAUGGGUCUUUUCAGGCUUGUUUGACAAAAGGGAUUCCUGAGGCAGCAGACAUGUAUCAGGAGGACAGGAGGACUGGAGCUUCUGUGGUCACAGAUGCAAAAACUGAGAUCACUGAGGUAGUAAAAAAGCUCCACAUGCUCCAGAUGCUGAAAGCUCUGGACAUUGUGGGGCUGUCUUGAUGCUACCGACAUGCCUCCGCAAUGUCGUUUAACGGUCAGGGUUAGUGGUUGUGGACUGGCAGAAGUGGGGGGUGGUUCCCAUUUUUUAAAAAGGGGACCAGAGGAUGUGCUCCAACUAUUAGGGUAUCACAAUACUCAACGUUCCUGGGAAAAAUUAUACCAUGGCACCAAAGAGGAUACCUUGCACAGUAGCUGAAUUCUUGCGAUAUCACAAGAUAUGAAAACAACAAUGGCAUGCGUUCAUCAAAUCAACUGCCAGCUAUUUUUUGAAAGGGCCUGCCCUUUUCCAAACAGUUUCCAUGACGGCUUCUCAGACAGUUCUGUGUAACAAACUAUCUGGCUCGUCAGGUUACUGGAAAAGAGGCUCCGACCAAACCUAAGUUUCAAGAAGAAGCAAUGCCGAUUCCGUCCUGGUUGUAGAACAGUGGAUUGACUCUUUACCCUUGCAAAGACACAAGAGAGGUGAUGGGAGCUUGCCCAUCAAGUUAACUUUCGUGUAUUUGGAGAAGGCUUGUGACUGUUUCCCUCGAGGUACUGUAUCUUGUGUUGGGUACUGCGGGAGUAUAGGGUACUGGGCCAUUGUUUUUUUUAAUUCUAGGCAUAAUUUCCAAGAUGUGGAGUGUUUGUGGAUAAUGUGGUUCUGCUAGCUUAAUCAGACUGUGACUUCCAGCGUGCACUGAGAUGGUUUGUGGCCAGGUGUACAGUAGUAGGCACAAGGGUCAGUACUUCCAAGUCUGAUGCCAUGUUACUCUGCCAGGAAAUGGUGAAUUGCUCCUUUGAGUUUUGUGUGUGGCACUGCUCGAAGUAAAGUACUUCAAUAUAUUGGGGUCUUUAACACAAGUAAGGGUAAGAUGGAGUCAGAGACUGACAGAUUGGUGCCACGCCAGCAGUAAUGCAGACGCUGUAAAAGACUGUUGUUGUGAAGAGAUAGCUGACCCUGAUGGCGUUGCUCUCUAUCUCAUCAGUUGAUCUAUGUUCCAACCCUCACUUGUAAUCAUUAGUUUUGGGUAAUUACUGAAAGAAUGAAAUGGCAGCGUGAAGCCACAAAAAUUAGUUCCCUUUGCAGGUUGGUUGGGCGCACCCUCAGAGAGGGUGACAAGCUUAGACAUCUGGAAGACCUUGGAGUAGGACCGCUGCUCUUUCAUGUUGAAAAGAGUAAGCUAAGGUUCUUCGGGCAUCUGAUUUAGAUUCCUCCUGGAUGCCUAUGGAUGGAAAACAAUUUACAGAACACUAUCACAUCUUGGGAAAUGAUGGGGAAUUAAAUAUGCCAUUAUCCUGCUUGCUGUUGUGGCCACAGUGGCCAUUGGUAUUUAAAAGUUACAUAGUCUUGCUUUAUUUCACACAAUACGAUAAUUACUUAUGGUGAAUACAACCUAUAAUAAUAGUUUUCUGAGGACAGGGACCAUUUGUCUGCACUGAAUUUAAAAGAAAAUGCAGAUUAAGGGGUUAUGCUGAAUCACCCCAAGUUCAAUUAUUUUAUUUCAAAAUAAUAUAUUUUUAAAGAUAUACCAAGUAAAUGGUAAAUAUCUGACAUUGUUAUGUAUCAUUGUAUUACUCUCCAACACAAAUUUUCCACAUUCACAAUAACAUUUCCAUGUUUUUAGGAGUGCGUGGCUCAUAUUCUACUUAAUGUAUGUGUAACCUCUGUCUCAUGACUUACAAAAUGCUGCUAAUACCUUUACAACUGACAUGCUGUAUGACGUGGUGUAUGUUUAUAUUUUAAAAGCACGCUCCUUGUAUGUUAGAUAGAGAAAAAAAGAGGAACACACCAAGUGUUUUGCUCAGAUGAAGCAGAGCUGGGACUCUGGUUUAACAAUGUACUUAGGUCAGUAUUUCCUAAGUAGUGUUGGGCCUAAUGAGUCAGAGCCAGCUGAGACAUUUAGGGGAUAACAUCCUCUAUUGGUGUUGGUAUAUUUUACAGUUUUGUGUAAUGUGGUGGGAGUUGGUGUGUGUAUAUCUGAAUGUGUCCGUGUUCGUGGCUGGCAGUUAUGUACGACAUUUCAGUAUUCUGUGAGCAUACAACAAGGAGUCAUGUUACUUCACUGUAGACAGGAGCGUACAGACUGCACAUGUGUUGGGUGUGUCUUUACACUUUACACACAGCAAUGUCAGUUUUUCUUUUUUAACCCCCUUGACCUUUUUAGUUCAAAUGUGUAUGAAUUGAGGUUUUCAUUAAAAAGACACACCAACUGAUGACGUCCUUAUUACUGCUUUCUGUAUAGUGAAGUUCUUAGGUCAUGUUUUCAUGUGUUCUGUUUCCUUUUGAAUAUGCAGUGGGGCAUCAUAGAUCAUUGUGCAUCAUUUAUACCAGCAUCCCAUGUAGGAUUAAUGCAAACUGUUGACUGCUAUUUUUAAUGUUUCAAAUCUAAACACACAUUGAAGGUAUUUGGAGCUGCUGGUCAGUCUAUGUACCGUAAUUCUGUAAAAUACAUGUUAAAAUUACCAUAUGAGUUGAUUUCAUUUUAAGUAUUAUGAAUUCAUGCCGUGAUUUGAAAGACUUGCUGACUGUGCAGUAGAUUGGACAUGGUCUACUCUUUGAAACAACUUGAUGUAACAACAUUUAAUGCAUUUUGAGGUGAAAUGUGACUUAACAUUUGUAUAUUUAAUUAAUAACCCAUUGUACUAAACUUAAUAUUUGAAUUAUAAUUUUAAAUUAAUGUGCCCCUAAGGCAGUUGUGAGCAGUGCAAACAAAAAAAUGUAUUGAGAAAUUAUGAAUCUUUUGUAAAGAAAUGACUUUAAAAAAAGGUUUAGCCAGACAUUUUGCCAGAUAUCCAAAUAUGAACAAGUGAAAAUUGUGAGAUAUGAUACUACCUCGUGCCAGUAAAAUUAUGUUUCAUCAGCAAGUUAUCCAAAACACAUAUUUCUCUCAUUUCAGAUUAUUAAUUAAAGCACAUUUACAUAUCUUUUUGAAACCCUGUGAAGAUUAACAUAAAUAAAAACUAAAUUAUAAUGUAUAAGCUCCAGUAAACCAGCUAUUUUAAUGUUGUCAUAAACAUAAAACUUAAGUUAAUAGUUUCUUUUAAGACCUUUAUCUGUGAGUAAUAAUGUACUUAAUGCACUUAUCACUCUUUUGUCACCAACACUGACAGCAACAAAUGGCUGUGAACAUUGGUGAUAGCAGGAGUACUAUAUGGACUUGUUAAUUGUAAAAUGGAACAUUGUUAAUGGUUUCUGAUGAAUUUUGCCCAAAGAUGCACUGUAACAUAGAUACUAUAAUUUGUUUUAAAACAUUCUUCCAGAUGUCCCUCAGCAAACUGCUGAUUUUGAGGUAACAUAUAUGAAACUGACUGUAUCAAAGUUUGCUUUUGUAUGAAGAAAGAGAGUUAACCAAAGGUGAGAUGGUCUGAGAUAAGUGUAUUUAUGAAUGUUCAUAGAAAAAGGGCACAUAUUUGAAUGAAAUGCCUUAAUGGUCGUUCUGUCAUGUGGUAUUGCAUAUAUUAUAUGCCUGAUGUCAACUGUGACUGCCCCAGAAGAAGACAGAGGUCAGGAUGACAGCGGAGAGAUGCCUUAAAAGGAGAAGUGAGUGCUGCUGUGUUUGCACCUACAUCUUGAAAAGUAAUGAAUAUGAUGAAUGAGUGUAAUGUAGACUGACAAGCCUUCAUAUGUUUGCAAUAAAUUCAAAAUCAAGCUA